GUAUAGACCAGUCCUCCCUUUGUACAUCGCAGUCGGAAAAGUGGACGCGAGUGAAUCAGGAAAACGUAAUAUCAAGACAAUCUGCUGGAAAUUCCCCCUUUCAACGCUUUUCUGAAUUUCACUGCCGUCCAAAUUUGACGCUUUAUUACCACUACAAGUGUUUUCAGAAGACAGGAAACAGUUUAGGCAGCAGUUAAUGGUCCUCCUUCAGAGCAGUCCACUUGGGCCUCCUUUGUAGGCCGUAUGUAACCAAUUCUGCCUUCCUCUGCAAGAGAAAAUUCUCAGAUAUUCAAGGAUUGAAGAAGUUCAUGAGCCAUUGAUAUCAAGCCUCGGAGUAUAAUUUGAAGUGCUUCAGUUUUCUUCAGAGAGCAUGGAAUGUAAGGUUUGCUUCAAUGAUUACGAUCAGGCUGACAGAAGGCCAAGAGUGCUGCCAUGUGGUCACUUCUUCUGUUCUAUAUGUGUGACAAGCCUCUUGAAGGAGGGUACCCUCAAGUGCCCCAUCUGCUGUUCCCAGCACACCAUUCCUGAUAUAAUGCAAAUCCCCAUUGCUUAUGAUUUUGAAGAGUUACUCUCAAGCAUAAACUUGGCUUCACCAGGGAAAAGAGAAGUGCCAGAACCCCAACAGGACAUUGGAAUAGACCCAACCAGACUGAGACUAAUACAGUUGGCAGUCAGUAGUGCUACUUCAGAUUGCACUCAGAUGCAGACUCAGCUCCGUACUUACAACACAACCUUGGAUAACUUGAUAACAGAACAUGAGGAGCAAGUUAAGAAUCUCACAGACAUGAUCCAGAGGCACAUGAAUGCACAGGAACUCCUGAAAAAGGAAAAGAGCAGAUUGACUGAUCUUCAAGGACAAGGUGAACAACAGUACCACUUAUUACAGGAAGCAGCUGAAAGUCUUCAUACCAGUGACAAGAUGGAUACAGACAGGGCUAUCAGCAGUGCUGAACAGUGCCAUGCUGUCACAUUAAUGUGGAUCAAACAAUGUAAUGAUACACUCCCAGAUGUGAAUGCCAUCCAGCAGUCAGCUAAGCAGUUGCGAUAUGCUACCAAAAAGACCAUAGAGGUAAUGAACCAAGAAGUGGAUGCUGGUGUGCAGGAUGCAGGUGUUACUGCUUCCAAUAGAUUAGUCAGUGGAACACUUCAUGCAACUGUCCUUGAGAAGGUCAAUAACAUCAUAGGCAUACCAGUAGAAACUGUAACAAUAGAAAGCUUACGAGGACUGUCUAUGCCUGUUCGAAUGUUGGUUGAGGCUGGAAAGCUAGCAGCUGUCCUGACCAAGCAAGGCAAGAGUCGUCAUGGUAGGAUAACUGUACAUGACGGAGCCAUUUGUCUCCACCACCUUCAGAAUGAGUGUCCCAAGACAACUCAGCAUCUCCAUACACUUCCAUUUUAUGAUGUCGUAGCAUCUACUGAAACGCUCUCCAGUCUGGUAUUCUUGGAUCUAGCUUGGCCAGGUUCAUCCCCUGGUCGUGUCUACAUUAGAAUUAUUAGAGAUACUCCGAUGGCAAAAAACUUUGUGCUACUCUGUACAGGUGAACAUGGCCCUUCAUAUACGAACACCCACUUCUUUGGGGUUGUGUGUAAAGGUUUGCCAGGGGAACGCAUUGUAGGAGGGGAUUAUGAAUACAAUGAUGGCAAUGGAGGAGCUGCUGUUAUACCAGGCCUGAGUGGAAGUGGAGAUUAUAACAAACAUUGCUCUGUAGGAGCUGUAGGUGGCUGGGUUUCUGAUGAUUCUCGUGCUGCACAGUUCACCGUCACUACAAAAAAGUCCCUGUUUCCGUACAUUGAUCCACGUGUGUUUGGAAAGGUGGAAAAAGGGCUGGAAGUAGCUAAAGCAGCAGCAAAGUAUAGGAAUAUUAAAAAUGUAACAGUUGUAGAUUGUGGCAUUGUAAUUCCAUAUUGAAUGACCUCUAAAGGUGACAUAAGUACUUCACUCAAAUAGAAUCUCAUACUGUCAUCCGUUGUGAAUGAAUGUAUCAGGGUAUGAUUUUAAGUUUAGAAACAGUUAUGUAUCUUUAUUUAAUAGUAAUAGUGAUGGAGGUAUUAUUGUAGUAACAGCAGUAGUUGUAGCUGUAGUAGUAGCUGUAAUUAGUAAUAAUAGUACAGUUAUUUUGUUACUGUUUAAAAUAUACAUAUUUAUCUGUUAAAUAUAUAUGGGAAGUUUGCAUUUAAAGAAUAUAGAUUUAUCAAUUUUCAAUACUGUUGAUGUAGGCCUUGUAAACAGAGUGCCUAAAUCAUUGCCUUAAACAUUGUUGAUAACAUGUCAGGAAAAUAUGCAUCUAAUUAGGCUGCAAACAUAUUGGUAAACAAUAAGUACCCGUUCCCAAAGAUGCUACUGUCCAGGAAAUGUCCAAAGCAGUGUCUUGAAAUAUAUUUACUGGGUCAAAGGUCUAAACAAGAUAUGUCCAUAGCAGUGUUUUGACCAUGUUUCAAAGCAAGAUUAUAUAUUAUGUUAACAUGACCUCAGAAGACGUGUUUGUAAUUUGUUACAGGUUUAGAUACACCAUUUUUUAUGUACUGUAUAUUCAGAAUUUAAGGGUGUGUGAGUUGCCAUGGCAAAUCGACCAAAUGAAUUCAAAAUGACAAAUAAUUAUAUGAAAACUGCUAAUAUUAAGUGUCAAGUGCAUUUGAAGAAUUCAACUGCUGUGCCACAAUAGUUGCAUUGGAAGUCACACUGCAAGAAUUCAGAAAAGCAUCUCUGUCUAUUAGUUCAUUAAAUGCAUAAUUGAUAUAGAAUUAUGAUGCUUUGCUAUGUGCUAAAACGGAUGUGUGCUCAGUGACUGUGAGCUAAGCUGCCUGACAGUGGCAUGCAAAGGACUGAUGAUGCAUGGGGUCAACUCCUUGAUUGUAUGCCCCAGAGACUCCAGUAUAUGGCUUAGGACUGAGAAAUAUGAGAAAGGGAGAUAUUUUGAAUAUGUAAAUGCAGAUGAAACAUGAAAUAAAUACUUUAAUUGAUUUGAA